GUUCUGCCUGCUAGAAAGGAGGUGAAACCGGGCAUGAUACUCCUCUUUGAACUCUUUCUUCUUCAUGAGACCAAUACUUACAUCGACCGUGUUAUUAUUAAACUACCAUGGUAUUCAGAUGAGCAGAAGACAUAUGAGACAUGUCUCCAGCUCUCACCUGAAUUUCUUGCUUAUUCAAACAUUACUGAGAAGAAUGGAGAUUCAGACAAAAUAAAAAUAUCUGGACCACAAGAUGAUGGAUUCAGAAGUUCAUGUCUACAUCCAGGCACUCACUCAAAAUGCUCCUUAGCAUCUUUUCAAGGGCAACCUUUGACCUCUUGGAGAGAUCCUGACACCCAUAAGGGAAGUAUUCCCACUGUUGUAAAGGAAGUGGGAAAGCAGUUUAAUGCUGUGAAAGGAAGGGAAGAGUUUGUGUCAAAAGAAACUGGGAGGAAAAGAGAUGAGAAGAGUUUAAAAUGUUUCCAGCAGGCAGAGGAGGCAAUGGAUGAGUUUAAAUUAAAAGUGAAGGAUCAAAAGAAGCCUCAACAAAAAGGAAAUUAUCCUUGUCAAGUUAUCUCAAGUGAUUCACAUAAAUAUUAUGAUUUGGUCCCAGUGAAAGAAGAGCAAGGUAUCUCUUACAAGAUGAAUCAAAGUGAUGCAACUGACCAACAGUGUCAAGGCAAAUCAAGUCCUGGAACCAGUGUAGCUGCAGGAGACGGGGAAGUAUCUUCACCGAAUACUUCUUAUCUGGAUGAAUUAGAGAAGUAUAGAUUCUCUGUGUGUUGCCAUUCUGCUGUUGAAGUGAGAGUGUUCAGAAAAAUCAUCGAGCAUUUCCAUUUCGGGAUGUAUGGAGUCUUUUCAGAACUGGGAUUGACGCAAUGGUGUUCUUGGGACUUCUGGUUCAUUAUUCUACUGAUAGUUUUACUCUGGUUUGUGCGGCUUUAUCUGCAUUAUUGUAGUCAAUGGCUCAUUCUUCAAGCCAUCGCAGUUCCUGUUGCAAAGUUCCAGCUCUUCCCUCACACUGUGGAACUCUGCUAUCAGAAUUCUUUGCUGCUUACCAGAGAAGAGUUGGCCAUGGUUGUGGUGGGACCUCUAACCUUGAACGCAGUGAUGCUGCUUAUGGUUCUGAUCAGAUGGGGCUGUCAGCAACUGUUUGACUCAUUCCCUUCCUUCUUGUCAAAGUUUAUCAUGGCUAUGGGACUCUGGACAGUGCUAGACCCCUUGGCAGUGUUUGUAGUGGAUGCAUUCCUGGGGCGACUUACCUACAGAGCAGAGAAGCCCAUUGCUGAUGCUGCAAAGCUCUACUGGCUCUUCUCAAGAACAGAGCAAUCGGGAAUUCCUGGUGCACUGAUUACUGUGAUACUUUACACAAUUUUGUUCAUUAUUUCAUCUACAGUAUUGUCCCUCUACUUUCUAAGGCUGCACAAUGAAGGUUGGUUAUUAGACGUAUUUAAACGCACUCACAGUGAUGAAGGCACAUUCUUCGUUCCAUUAGACCUAGAAAUCUCUAAUCAGGAAUUGAACUGCAUCAUGAAAAAGGCUGAACAAUGGAGAGGCAUCAGUGGUGAAAGACGAAAGAGCUUCAGGCAGAACAAACGUUACCAGUUCUAUGCUCAGAAUUUUAAAACCACAGAUGCCAAUGAGCAUCUUUCCAAGAUCUGA